CAGACAAAGGUCCACUACAAGGGCAAGGAGGAGGACUUCAUCAUCUUCCUUGACGACCUCGAGGCCUACAAGAAGUGGCAGUCGGACAAGUCCGUCCCCCUCGCCCACUUCAUAUCGGCCUUCAAGAUCUUCAUCACCCACAAGCAAGGCAACCAGGGCCAGUUCGACGAUGCGUCUAAAGCCACCCUUGAGAACGAGUUUGGCACUUCCGGCGAGGACGAUGUCAUCAAGGUGAUCUUGGAGAAGGGCACAGUU